AUGACUAGUUCUGAAGAAACAUUUGCUACUAUUGUUGAUUGUAUGGGACCUAUUUAUUUACAAUAUGCAACAUGGAUGAAAAUGAAAAAAUUAGAUAAAGAAAUUGGUUCAAUGGAAAAAUCCUUGAAUCGUCAAAAUUUAGAAGUUGUUUGUAGACAUUAA